AUGGAUAAAUACAAAAAGAUUAGAGUAGUUGGAAAAGGUAGUUUUGGAUAUGCUCUUCUAGCCUAGGCUUUGUCAAAUAAGAAAAAUUAUAUAAUAAAAAUUAUUGACAUAUCUAAGAUGGACAGGAAAUAAAGAGAGGAAGCAUUGAAUGAAGUUCAUGUAUUGAAGGCCAUGAGGCAUCCCUAUAUAAUUACGUAUAGAGAAUCAUUUAUGGAGAAAAAAUGUCUAUGUAUAGUAAUGGAUUAUGCCGAUGGAGGUGAUUUGUAUGGUAAGAUAGCGAAACAAAAAGAACUUGGAAUACUCUUUUCGGAAGAACAAAUAUUAGAUUGGUUUGUUUAAAUGGCAUUGGCAAUGAAUCACAUACAUGAGAGGAAGAUUUUGCAUCGUGAUUUGAAAACAUAAAAUAUAUUCCUCACAAGCAAAAAUGAUGUGAAAAUAGGGGAUUUUGGUAUUGCACGUGUUCUAUAACACACAUAUGAUUGUGCCAAAACAGCAAUAGGGACCCCAUACUAUUUAAGCCCAGAAAUAUGCUAAGAAAAACCAUACAAUCAAAAAUCUGACAUCUGGUCGCUUGGUUGUAUUUUGUAUGAGUUAACUACCUUGAAUCAUGCAUUUGAUGCAUUGUCAAUGAAAGAAUUGGUUUUAAAAAUAUUAAGAGGAACUUACCCUCCAAUACCCUCACAAUAUUCUUCAGAAUUACAAUCGUUAAUAGCUGAUAUGCUGAUUAAGGAUCCAUCAAAGAGACCGAGUAUAAAGAGAAUUUUAGAGAGAGAUUUCUUAAAAUAAAGAAUAGGAAGUUUAUUAGUUUCAACAUUGAAUAGACAUGAAUUAUAGGAGUUGACAGAAAUAAAACCUACUGAAAAUCUUUUUAUAUAACCUUAAUAAACUGCAUAAUAAUUUAUUUUAUAAUAAAAACAGUUUGAAUAAAAUAAGAUAUCUCAAAAUCAGAGUUAAAAUAAUUCACCUAUUACUUCAAGAUAGAUUAUUCAAACUGUAGCUAGUAAGAAACCUUCACCCAAAAAGGAUAACAGCAAAGUAGAGUUAAAAUCAUUGUUUAAUAGGCAAAAUUCACCUUUGCAAUCAAUAAAUUAAAAUUAUUCUAUACAAUAAUAACAAAUUUAUUCUUAAUAAUAAUAGUAAUAACUAAUGGAUGAAAAAUUUGAAAAACCUCAGUCAUUUGCUAGUGUAGUUAGUUAGAAAGAAAAUCAAUAAUAAUUGCAGCCUCCUAAAUAAUAAUAAAAUAUAGAAUUAUUAAAUAAAUUUUAUUUAAAAGACAAUACAAACAUUGUUAGAUUACAAAGUAAGAGUCCAAUUUUGCAGGAGCAAAAAAGAAAAGAAUCAAUAGUAAGUUUGGUAAGAGAAGAUGACAGUUUCGAAUAAUAAUAAGGUUAUAAGUUCCUUAUUAAAGACAUGAGGAAAUGUUUGGAUAAAAAAUAAUCGAAGGAAGAGGAAGAAUCAAUCAUUGUGGAUAAUUUCAAAAUAGUUCCUUAAUUUCUUAAUCAAUAAAAGUAAUUUUAAGUCCCUGGUACUUCUGAAAGAGACACUAUCGGCUAUAAGAUAGAAGCUCUCAGAUAUUAUUUAGAAUAGCAAAUGGGUUUAGACUCUUUCAUGAAAGCUUAUCAGACUUUAGAGAAUAGUUAAGAAAGUGAAUAAUUGAAAUAAGCAAAUUAAUAACUAAAUUUAGAAUUAAGGAAAUACAUACCAUUAAUAAUCUAAUUAAUAGUUUGUGAAGAUUCAUAUUAUUGA